AUGGAUAAAAACCGAACAGGUGUGCUGAUACUCCUCCUGAUCCUCCUGAAGGUGCUUGGACCAACCGAGGCGUCCUGUAGCUGCAAAGAUCAGACGUACUGCAACUGCCAGCUACAGGGUGGGAACCAACGCUUGACCAUGAACCUCUUCUAUAAUGCCAUCAGUGACAUUCAGCCCGGAACAUUUAAAGCAUUAUCACAACUAACAAUGUUGGUCCUACACAGUAACAAGCUAACAAGGCUCACAUCUAACAUGUUUACAGGGAUGGGAAACUUAGUUGAGCUUCAACUACACAAAAAUAACAUCAAUGAAAUUCAGGCAGGAGUAUUCACAGACCUCUCAAGUGUCCCCACCCCAAACAUCACAGUCGUUCUCCCCUCUGGACUGAAUGUAACUGUUGAGUCAGAGUGGGGCGAGACGGUGGUUGUCAACGACACCGUCACCAUAAACAUUACUGUAGAUGCUGUCGCAUUAUCACAACUACAAAUGUUGGUCCUACACAGUAACAAGCUAACAAGGCUCACAUCUAACAUGUUUACAGGGAUGGGAAACUUAGUUGAGCUUCAACUACACAAAAAUAACAUCAAUGAAAUUCAGGCAGGAACGUUUAGUUCAAUGUGGCAACUAAGUUUAUUGAAUCUGAAUUUCAACAAACUAACAAAUCUCAGAUCAGGCAUGUUUACGGGGCUGGGAAAUUUGAAAAUUCUCCAACUGGCCGAGAAUGACAUUAUAACAAGCUAA